GAGUGGUGGUUAUUAGUUACGUAACGCGUGGUACGAUUGAUCUACACUACUACAAGUGUAUACCAUCAAUCAAACCCAAUCUUUCUAGUUUCUACAAUGGCUAUGUUCGUCUCCACUCGUUUGCUCUUCUUCUCCAUCUUCAUCCCUUUACUCAUCUCUAUCACUCUCUACCAACUCGACUCAUUCGAUCCAGCUCCACUUCCCGCUGACUCACUCGUCUCCUCUCCUACUUCAAUCCCGCCACUUCUCAACGACAAAUUCCUCACCGGAGCUGAGUUUAUCGGCGUCGGUCUUCUCAAUAACCCCGAAGAUAUCGCUUACCAUAACGACUCUGGUCUUAUCUACACUGGUUGUGUUGAUGGAUGGGUGAAACGAGUCAGUGUUCACGAGUCAGCUAAUGACUCAGUCGUAGAGGAUUGGGUCAAUACCGGUGGUAGACCACUCGGUAUUGCUUUCGGACUUCACGGCGAAGUCAUUGUCGCAGAUGCAAACAAGGGACUGUUGAAUAUAAGUGGUGACGGGAAGAAGACGGAACUGUUGACGGAUGAAGCAGAAGGCGUUAGAUUGAAGCUGACGGAUGCAGUUACCGUUGGAGAUAACGGCGUUUUGUAUUUCACUGAUGCUUCUUAUAAAUACGAUAUCCAUCAAUUUAUCUAUGAUUUCUUGGAAGGCAAACCACAUGGACGUCUCAUAAGCUUUGAUCCCACCACACGUCUCACACGUGUACUUCUCAAAGAUCUCUACUUUGCUAAUGGCAUAUCCAUAUCCCCUGAUCAAACCCAUCUCGUCUUCUGCGAAACGGUCAGGAGAAGAUGUAGUAAGUAUUAUAUAAGUGAGGAGCGUGUGGAGGUAUUGAUUCAAGGCUUGCCAGGUUUUCCAGAUAACAUUCGAUACGACGGAGAUGGACAUUACUGGAUUGCAUUGAUUUCGGAAGUAACAACGCCGUGGAAGCUCUCGAUGAAAUACCCUUUCUUGAGGAAACUCAUAUCAAUAGCGGCUAAGUUUGGCGUGGAAUUGUUGUUUAUGAAGAAUGCAGGCGUUUUGCAAGUGGAUUUGGAUGCUCCAGUUCCUUCCGAUGCAUACGCCUCCUCUACUACUUCCAUCCCGCCGCUGGUCAACGAGAAAUCACUCACCGGAGCUGAGUUUAUCGGCGUCGGUCUUCUCGAUAAACCUGAGGAUAUCGCCUACCAUCAAGACUCUAAUCUCAUCUAUACUGGCUGCAUAGAUGGAUGGGUGAAACGAGUCACUGUCCAUGACUCAGCUAAUGACUCAGUCGUUGAGGAUUGGGUCAAUACUGGAGGUAGACCGCUCGGAAUCGCGUUCGGAAUCCACGGCGAAGUCAUUGUCGCAGACGCAUACAAGGGACUGUUGAACAUAAGUGGUGACGGGAAGAAGACGGAACUAUUAACGGAUGAAGCGGAAGGCGUUAGAUUUAAGCUGACUGAUGUAGUCGCCGUUGCAGAUAACGGCGUUUUGUAUUUCACUGAUGCUUCUUAUAAAUACACUCUACAUCAAGUCAAAUUUGACAUUUUGGAAGGUAAACCACACGGUCGUCUCAUGAGCUUUGAUCCCACUACACGUAUUACACGUGUACUUCUCAAAGACCUUUACUUCGCUAAUGGCGUCUCCAUAUCUCCUGAUCAAACCCAUCUCAUCUUCUGUGAAACUCCAAUGAGAAGAUGCAGCAAGUAUUACAUCAGUGAGGAGCGUGUAGAGGUAUUCAUUCAAGGCUUACCAGGUUAUCCAGAUAAUAUUCGGUACGACGGAGAUGGACAUUAUUGGAUCGCUAUGGUUUCGGGAGUAACAAAUUUGUGGAGGCUAUCGAUGAAAUACCCUUUCUUGAGGAAACUCACAGGCAUGGCGGCUAAGUAUGGCGUGGAACUUAUGUUUAUGAAGAAUGCAGGCGUUUUGCAGGUGGAUUUAGAUGGGAAUCCCAUCGCAUACUACUAUGAUCAGAGACUCUCUCACAUAACCACCGGUGUCAAGAUUGGGAACUAUCUCUAUUGUGGAAAUAUCUUGCAUUCACACAUUAUCCGACUCGAUCUUUUGAAAUAUCCUGCACAGAAGAAGAAGAAGCUUUGAAACAUCAAAGUUUAUACAAGUACGGAAAUUUUCCUUUUUAGGAGUCUUCACUGUCACAAAAUGUAAACUCAUUGUCCCUUAGAAUGAAUGAAUGAAUGAAUG